CUAUAUCAGGACGCGCUGGCAUUAGUAGGAGGUGCUUGAAAGGAUUUGCUACGUCUUUCGUACCAAGUACGAGCUGCAGCCAGUUUGGCCUAGAACCCAAUUCUGUGCUUUUCUCUAAGAUGGAACUUUCAUUUCGUAGUCGGCGAACUCGUUUGGUUGUUGUCUGCUGCGUUAGUAUCCUCUGUUUGUUUUAUUUCCUUAAGAACUUGACCAUUGGGGACUUCUCGAAUGCUGCGAAAAAACAGUUUCUCGCUCGUAACAGAGUGAUUCAAAACCGUAAUCCGUACAGCGUUGUAAUGUUACUUGUCACGGAUUCGUCAGAAAACGAAAAUGACCCUCAUUACCAAGAUCACGUUGAGAAAUUGAUUGAGAAUCGCCGACGCUACGCUGCUCUUCACGGUUACAAAUUUGAGCAUAAACGUUCUGGUGAUUACGGAUUGUUUGAGCAUGAUUCUAGUAACUGGGCAGUCAUUCCUGCUAUUCGCGAUGUUUUAGAGGAGCAUCCUGAAUGUGAAUGGGUUUGGUACUUAACUCCUCAUGCCAUCAUUAUGAAUCCUUUCGAGUCUUUGAAAGAUAAGCUUCUUGAACCUUCACAGCUUUCUCGCUACUCUCUCAGAGACCAUCCCGUCAAUCCUGUGGGUCCUUCUGUUCGUACAUCGAGCAUCAUUGAUCCCAACGCGAUUGAUUUAAUUACUACUCAAGACUACGAAGGCAUAAACACUCGCUCCUUCUUGCUGCGGAACAACGACUAUGCCGAGUUCUUGCUUGACGUGUGGAAUGAACCACUCUAUAGAAUGGCACCUUUUGAACAUGGUGAACGUGGGGUAUUGGAAUAUCUCUUACAACGUCAUCCAACCAUUCUUUCCAAGCUUGCAUUUGUCUCUACCCGUGUCAUGAAUUCUUAUACGAGUUCCCCUGCUGGUCUUGAAUACCGCGAGGGUGACUUUGUUCUUUUGCUUUCAGAUUGUGAUUCCUAUCAAACGUGUAAAAAAUCUUUCGAACAAUACUGGCGUGACCGAAAGCAAUCGGCUAAGAUGAAAAUUCUUAUUGAUUCAUAAUUUAAUGGAAGAGGUUUCUCAUGUGCUUUUCACGACCUUAUUUUUUUUUGUUCGUUUAAUACAUUUUUCACAAAACUCAAAACAGUUGUAUACUGUCCAUUUUGCUGCAUUCCAAGCCCCCUCUCAAACAACAAACAUGAACGGAAAACCCUCCUAGCUUACACUAAAUGUGCAUCUUAUAUUACAUAAAUGGUGUAGACGACUAAUCAUUAAAAGACCCUACAUAAAGUACACUGGCACAAGUUUUCAGGAGCG